GCUGACGCGCGCUGACGCGCGGAGACUUUAGGUGCAUGUUGGCAGCGGCAGCGCGAGCCACAUAAACAAAGGCACAUUGGCGGCCAGGGCCAGUCCGCCCGGCGGCUCGCGCACGGCUCCGCGGUCCCUUUUGCCUGCCCAGCCGGCCGCCUGUCCCUGCUCCCUCCCUGCGUGAGGUGUCUGGGCUCCCUUCGCCCAGCUCGCCCUCUCCUCCCGGACCCCGGCGCCCAGGCUCCCAGAGGGAACUGCACUUCGGCAGAGUUGAAUGAAUGAAGAGAGACGCGGAGAACUCCUAAGGAGGAGAUUGGACAGGCUGGACUCCCCAUUGCUUUUCUAAAAAUCUUGAAAACUUUGUCCUUCAUUGAAUUACGACACUGUCCACCUUUAAUUUCCUCGAAAACGCCUGUAACUCGGCUGAAGCCAUGCCUUGUGUUCAGGCGCAGUAUGGGUCCUCGCCUCAAGGAGCCAGCCCCGCUUCUCAGAGCUACAGUUACCACUCUUCGGGAGAAUACAGCUCCGAUUUCUUAACUCCAGAGUUUGUCAAGUUUAGCAUGGACCUCACCAACACUGAAAUCACUGCCACCACUUCUCUCCCCAGCUUCAGUACCUUUAUGGACAACUACAGCACAGGCUACGACGUCAAGCCACCUUGCUUGUACCAAAUGCCCCUGUCCGGACAGCAGUCCUCCAUUAAGGUAGAAGACAUUCAGAUGCACAACUACCAGCAACACAGCCACCUGCCCCCCCAGUCUGAGGAGAUGAUGCCGCACUCCGGGUCGGUUUACUACAAGCCCUCCUCGCCCCCGACGCCCACCACCCCGGGCUUCCAGGUGCAGCACAGCCCCAUGUGGGACGACCCGGGGUCUCUUCACAACUUCCACCAGAACUACGUGGCCACUACGCACAUGAUCGAGCAGAGGAAAACGCCAGUUUCCCGCCUCUCCCUCUUCUCCUUUAAGCAGUCGCCCCCUGGCACCCCGGUGUCUAGUUGCCAGAUGCGCUUCGACGGGCCCCUUCAUGUCCCCAUGAACCCGGAGCCUGCCGGCAGCCACCACGUGGUGGAUGGGCAGACAUUCGCCGUGCCCAACCCCAUUCGCAAGCCCGCGUCCAUGGGCUUCCCGGGCCUGCAGAUCGGCCACGCGUCGCAGCUGCUCGACACGCAGGUGCCCUCGCCGCCGUCGCGGGGCUCACCCUCCAACGAGGGGCUGUGCGCUGUGUGUGGCGACAACGCGGCCUGCCAACACUACGGCGUGCGCACCUGUGAGGGAUGCAAAGGCUUCUUUAAGCGCACAGUGCAAAAAAAUGCAAAAUACGUGUGUUUAGCAAAUAAAAACUGCCCAGUGGACAAGCGGCGCCGGAAUCGCUGUCAGUACUGUCGAUUUCAGAAGUGCCUGGCUGUUGGGAUGGUCAAAGAAGUGGUUCGCACAGACAGUUUAAAAGGCCGGAGAGGUCGUUUGCCCUCGAAACCGAAGAGCCCACAGGAGCCCUCUCCCCCUUCGCCCCCGGUGAGUCUGAUCAGUGCCCUCGUCAGGGCCCAUGUCGACUCCAACCCGGCUAUGACCAGCCUGGACUAUUCCAGGUUCCAGGCGAACCCUGACUAUCAGAUGAGUGGAGAUGACACCCAGCAUAUCCAGCAAUUCUAUGAUCUCCUGACUGGCUCCAUGGAGAUCAUCCGGGGCUGGGCAGAGAAGAUCCCUGGCUUCGCAGACUUACCCAAAGCCGACCAGGACCUGCUUUUUGAAUCAGCUUUCUUAGAACUGUUUGUCCUUCGAUUAGCAUACAGGUCCAACCCAGUGGAGGGUAAACUCAUCUUUUGCAAUGGGGUGGUCUUGCACAGGUUGCAAUGCGUUCGUGGCUUUGGGGAAUGGAUUGAUUCCAUUGUUGAAUUCUCCUCCAACUUGCAGAAUAUGAACAUCGACAUUUCUGCCUUCUCCUGCAUUGCUGCCCUGGCUAUGGUCACAGAGAGACACGGGCUCAAGGAACCCAAGAGAGUGGAAGAACUGCAAAACAAGAUUGUAAAUUGCCUCAAAGACCAUGUGACUUUCAACAAUGGGGGGUUGAACCGCCCCAAUUAUUUGUCCAAACUGUUGGGGAAGCUCCCAGAACUUCGUACCCUUUGCACACAGGGGCUACAACGCAUUUUCUACCUGAAAUUGGAAGACUUGGUGCCACCGCCAGCAAUAAUUGACAAACUUUUCCUGGACACUUUACCUUUCUAAGACCUCCUCCCAUGCACUUCAAAAGAACUGGAAAGAUAACGGAAACUGUCCAGAGGGGGCAAGUCACAUGGGCAGAGAUAGCCCUGUGAUCUGUCUCAGCUCAAGCUGUCCCCCAUUUCUGUAACCCUUCCACACCCUUGAUCCCUAAAGAAAACAAAAACUGUUGCUAUUUCCUAACCUGCAGGCAGAACCUGAAAGGGCAUUUUGGCUCCGGGGCAUCCUGGAUUUAGAACAUGGACUACACACAAUACAGUGGUAUAAACUUUUUAUUAUCAGUUUAAAAAUCAGUUUAUUGUUCAGAAGAAAGAUUGCUAUAAUGUAUGAUGGGAAAUGUUUGGCCAUGCUUGGUUGUUGCAGUUCAGACAAAUGUAACACACAGACACAGACACACACACAGACACAGACACACACACACACACAAUCUUAAGGGGACUCACAACUAUUGCCCUUUAACAAGACUUCAAAGUUUUCUGCUGUAAAGAAAGCUGUAAUAUAUAGUAAAACUAAAUGUUGCGUGGGUGGCAUGAGUUGAAGAAGGCAAAGGCUUGUAAAUUUACCCAUUGCAGUUUGGCUUUUUAAAUUAUUUUGUGCCUAUUUAUGAAUAAAUAAUACAAAUUCUAAAAGAUAAGUGUGUUUGCAAAAAAAAAAAAGAAAAUAAAUACAUAAAAAAGGGACAAGCAUGUUGAUUCUAGGUUGAAAAUGUUAUAGGCACUUGCUAUUUCAGUAAUGUCUAUAUUAUAUAAAUAGUAUUUCAGACACUAUGUAGUCUGUUAGAUUUUAUAAAGAUUGGUAGUUAUCUGAGCUUAAACAUUUUCUCAAUUGUCAAAUAGGUGGGCACAAGUAUUACACAUCAGAAAAUCCUGACAAAAGGGACACAUAGUGUUUGUAACACCGUCCAACAUUCCUUGUUUGUAAGUGUUGUAUGUAACGUUGAUGUUGAUAAAAAGAAAGUUUAUAUCUUGAUUAUUUUGUUGUCUAAAGCUAAACAAAACUUGCAUGCAGCAGCUUUUGACUGUUUCCAGAGUGCUUAUAAUAUACAUAACUCCCUGGAAAUUACUGAGCACUUUGAAUUUUUUUAUGUCUAAAAUUGUCAGUUAAUUUAUUAUUUUAUGUUUGAGUAAGAAUUUUAAUACUGCCAUAUUCUGUAGUUUUUCUUUGUAUAUUUCUAGUAUGGCACAUGAUAUGAGUCACUGCCUUUUUUUCUAUGGUGUAUGACAGUUAGAGACGCUGAUUUUUUUUUUCUGAUAAAUUCUUUCUUUGAGAAAGACCAUUUUAAUGUUUACAACAAUAAACCAUGUAAAUGAACAGAA